AAAGAAAGGAGGAGACGUGAUCUGGGUUGUUGAAAUUACUCGUAGGUUGUUCAGUACGUAACCGCAGUGCGUGCGCUAGCUAAUUGUUUUUGUGUGAAUACUGUUGUGGCCGUAAUAAGUGUUCGAAAACAUCUUCUCACUCUCAGCUUGAGCCCUGACAGUGUGGUCGGACGCGUGGGACACCGGUGGACUAGGUCAUGGCCAAUCGGGGAGGAGCUACGAGACCCAACGGGCCCAACGCUGGGAACAAGAUCUGCCAGUUUAAGCUGGUGUUGCUGGGGGAGUCAGCGGUGGGGAAGUCCAGUCUGGUUCUGCGCUUCGUUAAGGGACAGUUCCACGAGUUCCAGGAGAGCACAAUAGGAGCGGCCUUCCUGACCCAGACGGUGUGUCUAGACGACACGACGGUCAAGUUUGAGAUCUGGGAUACUGCGGGACAGGAACGCUACCACAGCCUGGCGCCCAUGUAUUACAGAGGAGCACAGGCUGCCAUCGUGGUCUACGACAUCACUAAUGAGGAGUCGUUUGCGAGGGCCAAGAACUGGGUGAAGGAGCUGCAGAGACAAGCCAGUCCCAACAUCGUCAUCGCUCUUUCAGGAAACAAGGCGGAUCUGGCCAAUAAGAGAGCUGUGGACUUCCAGGAUGCCCAAUCAUAUGCAGAUGACAACAGCCUACUUUUCAUGGAGACGUCAGCCAAGACAUCGAUGAAUGUGAACGAGAUAUUCAUGGCCAUCGCGAAAAGAUUGCCCAAGAGUGAGCCACAGGCUCCUGGAGCCAAUAGUGGGCGGAGCCGAGGCGUCGACCUGACGGAAACAGCCCAGCCCACCAAGGCCCCGUGCUGCAGUAACUAACGCGUGGCUCCACCUCCCUGUCCCGUUCCCUAACUAAUGCGACCGACGGCCCGACUGCCACUGCAGCAUCUAAUGCGAUGUCCCAUCCAAAACUCAGAUCUGCAGCCAAAAAAAACAAAAAACCUGUAUCCCCCCCUCCCUCUUCCCUCCCUUUACCCUGUAGUCGUUUAAGCCCACAUCAAUCUCUCAACAUCGCCCUGCCCCCUUUUGGUUCUACUGUUACUAAUGACGACCUCUCCUACCUCUCCCACUCGGGUAUUUGUGCCCACCCCUCUAAUUCCAACCCCCCACACACCCACUCAGAGGCAAUAUGGCCACAACUGAGGGCCAGGGCUCUUCCAAAUAAUCUUGUGUCUCCUGGGAUGACAAAAUACUUUUUCUGCGUUUCAAAUUCAGAAUCUUUCCUCUUUUUUUGUUUGUUAGUAUGGUUGCAUGUAUCACUACAAGGCCUAAAAAAAAUCUGUUUAUGUAUGCUCUGUGACACAAGAGUCUAGGGUGAAAAGAGGAGAGUACUGUCUCCCCCCCAAAAAAAACCCUAAUAAAUUCAAGUGGAUGCCAGGAAAGGGAAGAAUAUGGAGGUAGAGGGGCUCAGGGCCAUUGUUUUACUCCAAGCUUGCCAAAGCUGGAUCACUUCCUCAUCAGAAGGAUAUAUUCAGAUGGUUUGUCAAUAAUCCUUGAGCUUUCUAGUUUCUCUCGUGCUCUAUCCUUCCUCAGCUCUUUGUAGCCACGCCUCAGCUCCUCCCCUCGCCCAAACACACAAACACACACUGAUCAUAUUGGCGCACUAGCAUAGAGUUAUUCUCGCUGUACCUGGUGGCAUUGUGCAAUUGUUCACAGUAUUUGCUCUGUGACUUAGUGUCUACAACGCAAAGCUUGACGUAAGCCCUUCACGGCUAUUCCUUCUGUAAGCAAGACUUGGGAACUUGUAGGAUACCUCCCCCCGUGACCCUUUCUUGUUGUGACCUUAAACCUCCAUCCUGGGAUGGGAGUUGGGUCCCUCUCAUAGGUGUCCUGUUGGCUGGUAGAGUCCUUGUGUUUGCAUUGGGUUGAAGUUAUCUCCACAUGACUGGCAGACUAGACUGCUUGAUGAAACACAGCUGAUUCUUUCACCAAGGCAGGUGGGGUGAGGGGGAGUGAGUGAUGAGUGGCUCUUUCAGUUCAGAAUAUUCUUCCACCCCUUAUUUUUUUUAGGAAAUGUUUCUGACACACAUUCAUAGUGAUUUGUUGAAACACACACACACAAACAGGCAGUUAUUUUUGUUUUUUAAAUCCCUUCCAGGCCUGUAAUAGAACACAAGCACAGCAAAAAGUUUUUUCACAACUUCCUGACACAUGCACACACUUGUGUUUUUUCCAGCCCCCCCAACACCCACAUUUCUGCAAGAUUAGAAAAACACACCCCCCUGACCCCCCCCCCCCCCCCCCCCCCCCCCCCCCCCCCCCCCCCCCCCCCCCAUCCGGUCAAUAUCUCCUGACAGAUCUGUCUGACUCAUGCCUUGCACUAAUGACGCUCAUGAAUUUAUCUUGUCAUAAUUACAGCCAGUGUGAUAUAAAUAUUAUAUAUAUAUAUAAAUAAUAUACUGUAAAUAGGGUGUUGCAAUGUAGCUUACUUUUUUCGAUUUACAAUGGACAAGACUAACGCUUGCUAAGGAGUUGUCUAGAUAAUCAUUAAAACAACUGUACAGUUACCAGAAAACAUCUUUGGUCUGGGUCCGAAAUUAUGAUUAUGUUCUUUUUUCACAAAAUGGUUAAAUUAUAAUCAGUGGUGGUCUUUAUAAAUGUAUGUAGUGUUAUUAACAAACAAAAAAUGUUUCUUUAGUGGUCUGUCUUGUACUUUUUCUCAAGGAAAAAAAACUAAAACAUUUGAACAUUUUGAUUUCUAUUUUUUAACAUUCUCUCAUUUUCAUGUAUUUCUUUUAGUGGUUGUGCGGUUAGAAAGCCCUGUCCAGUCCUCCUCACAGGUACUCUGGGUGUGUAGAGUCUUAUCAAAGCCAGCUCGCAAGUAGUUUGGAAAAAGAUUGUCUUAACAAACCUCUAUGGCGUCACAGUGACAGUGUAACAACGUUGUAGGAACAAUGUAAUAAUCCUUGAUGGCAAAGAAAGACUGGCCGUUCUACUGUCUGGGUACUAGCUCGUAGAUCAUCAUGAAUAAAUGAAUUAACACAUAGGGA